GUCCCUCUCCCUCUUGUUAUAGAGAAAUAUGAGUUGACACGUCAGCAGCUGAGCUCCACCGUAUUUCCCACUCGGAUUUUCAAUUUUUAUUGGUUGGUGCAAUAUAUCCAGUUGAUUUUGUGAAUUUUUAUUCCACAUUUCCCUUUGCUUUUUUGAAUUUUGUUUCCACGACGGUUCACUCCCUAAAAAAAAAAAAAAAAAAAAAAAAUUGCCUAGAAAGAGAGGGAGGGGGAAGAGAGAGAAGAAAAAUGGGAAAUUCAUUUGGUUGCUCUGCCUCCGGCGAAAGAUUAGUAUCUGCGGCCAGAGAUGGUGAUUUGGUCGAGGCUAAAAUGCUUUUGGAUUGCAAUCCUUGUCUUGCCAAGUACUCUACUUUUGGUGGCCUCAAUUCUCCUCUCCAUUUCGCCGCCGCUAAAGGCCACAACGAGAUUGUUGCUUUGUUGCUUGAGAAUGGAGCUGACGUGAAUUCAAGGAAUUACUGCGGCCAGACGGCAUUAAUGCAAGCUUGUCGGUAUGGACACUGGGAAGUUGUACAGACUCUUCUUCUCUUUAGAUGCAAUGUUACACGAGCGGAUUACCUCAGCGGAAGGACUGCUCUGCAUUUUGCAGCUGUAAAUGGCCAUGCAAGAUGUAUAAGACUAGUUGUUGCUGACUUUGUUCCUAGCGCUCCUUUUGAAGCUAUGCAUUCUCAGACAGAAGCUGACACUGGGGAUGCUUCCAGCAUGAAGAACAAAUUUGACCAGAGUGCGUUGUCCAAGUUUGUCAAUAAGGCAGCUGAUGGUGGUAUCACUGCUCUUCACAUGGCUGCAUUGAAUGGAUAUUUUGAUUGUGUGCAGCUUUUACUUGAUAUUCAUGCAAAUGUGUCAGCCGUGACAUUUCAUUAUGGAACAACAAUGGAUUUGAUAGGAGCUGGAAGCACUCCUUUGCACUAUGCUGCUUGUGGGGGAAAUUUGAAGUCUUGUCAGAUCCUUCUUGCAAGAGGUGCUGGUAGGAUGACAUUAAACUGCAAUGGGUGGCUGCCUGUUGAUGUUGCCAGGAUGUGGGGGCGUCAUUGGCUUGAACCAUUGUUGGCACCAAAUUCUGAUUCCACCAUACCAAGAUUUCCUCACUCUAAUUACUUGUCCUUGCCUCUUUUGAGCGUACUUAACAUAGCAAGAGAGUAUGGGAUGCAGUGUUUGACGUCCUCCUCUGAUGACCCUGAUAUUUGUGCUGUUUGCCUAGAGAGAGCAUGUAAUAUAGCUGCUGAAGGUUGCGGGCAUGAGCUUUGCGUAAGAUGUGCUCUGUAUCUUUGCUCAACAAGCAACAUUCCUUCUGAAAUGGUGGGCCCACCUGGCUCCAUUCCAUGUCCUCUUUGCAGGCAUAGCAUUGUAUCUUUUGUUAAAUUGCCUGGUUCCCCAGCAAAAGAAAUGAAACUUCCUUUGUCCCUUGGCCUCUGUACCCCAUGCAUGCUUCACUCUCGUGAUACAGAUGGGCAAUCUCCAGCAUGUGUGCCAGAGAUCCGAAAGAAUCGCGUGGCAUCAGUUUCUUCUGAUUUUAUCUGUCCGGUUACUUGUAGUCCAUUUCCUUCUGUUGCAAUCCCUUUAUGCACCUGCAAUGAUGGCCCGUGUCCAUCUUUUGAACCUGGAACUGUAGAAAAUCAAGAUGAAUACCCUCGUCGUUCACAAACAUCAUCUGUAGAUCAGGAUAAAAUUGAAGGGCCGAGACUAGAGAAAACAACCUGUUCAGGGAUUGUGUUUUGGGGCAGAAGAAGUUGCAGCAGAGAGCAUCAGUGCAAUUCAGAAAUAAAUGCAUGAUUACUUCUUCAGGGUGUGGAUUAUGUAAGAUUGAAUAUUUCAUUCACAAUUGUGUUCAAGGUGGUGAUAUUUGGUCAUACUGGUCUCAAACACUUGAAUUUUUCAAAAUCCAUGUUUGCUUCCAGUUUUUGUUUUGGCCAGCUACAUGGUAAAGGAUUUGGUUUACAAAAAACCGUAUGGUUUAGAUGUCUUCAUAAAAUAUUUGGUGCGUUGUAAAAAUUGUAUGGGAGGUUCUAUAGAUUGAUUGUAAUUGAAUGUCAUCAAAGAUCAGACUUUUAUGUUC